AUGGUGCAAACCGUUCAUCUCCUCCUCGCUGUGCUCUUGCUCUUGUUUCCAUUGCCUCCAGUUCUCGCUCAUGAUCAAUUCAGAGGCAAAGAUGCUGCUGCGGCUGUUCCAAAGAACUUGGUCCUUGACACUGACCUUGACGUGGAGGAUGUUUUGGCAAUUCUCUACAUUCUCAAGCAAAACAGAUCUCUUAUAAAUCUCAAGGCAAGUCUUUCUGCACACGGUUUUCUUGCAUCAUGUCUUGCGUAUCACAUUGAUAUCAUUCUUGCAACCUGCAAUGCUUUUGAUAAAGAAGGUGGUUCUUCUGCUGCCUUGCAGGCAAUCACCUUAGACUCAAAUGCAUGGGUAAAUCCGGGUUUUGGAGUCAACAUGGUAUAUGAUCUCUUGUUCACCAUGGGCCGGGAUGACAUCGCCAUCGGUGUCGGAGGGGAGGGAGGCAUCACACAAGAUGGCACAAUCCAGCCAAAUGUUGGAGGCUAUGUGCCAAUUAUUGAUCAGAUGCUUUACACCUGUGGGAGUUGUAGAUACAGGCAAGCCAUUCCACCAGGAAGAGGAGCGGGGAGCCUUGAUGUGGACACGCAUUAUGGACUCAGAAGCCAGUUCUUACCUCAGGGGGAGAGACACUACAUCCCAGGGAAGCAAAGAAGCUCCCAGGAAGUUCUGCUCGAGGCAUUGUCAACAGGAUCAAACACAGUGCUGCUCACAGGAUCCCACACAAAUUUUGCACUGCUGCUCAUGACACACCCAGAGGUCAAGAAGAACAUCCAGCAUGUCUACAUCAUGGGUGGUGGGGAGAGUGGCAAUUUGUUCACUGGAACUGAGAGCAACCCAAGAGCCGAGUUUAACAUCUUCGCAGACCCAUUUGCUUCUUAUCAGGUUUUUCACUCUGGGCUGGCUAUAACUUUGGUCCCCUUGGAAGCAACUGAUACUGUUCCAGUCACUCAGGAACUUAUCACGGCUCUGGAAAGAAGCAUGAACAGCCUCGAGGCAAACUAUACAUAUCAUAUGCUCAGCAUGCUCAAGCAUAUCUGGCCUGAUGCCUUUUCUCAGUAUUUCUAUCUCUGGGAUUCAUUCACAUCAGCUAUCGCAAUAUCGGGGAUGCUCAAUGGGCACGAUGCUUCCAAAAACGAGUUUGGAACCAUAGAUCCAGCACUCGUAACUAUUGUCACGUCCAACGAGCCUUACGGCGUCCGGGAUGGCUCCAAUCCUCUCUUUGAAACCAAAAGAUGGCGGAAGUUUGGGCUCGAGAAGGGUGACGUCCACAGCGGCCACGUUCAGACGGGCUUGAGAGAUCCAUUCUGCUAUGUUCCUCGGGGCGAAGGCAUUUGCAAGGAUGGAAGGACGGUGAUAACAAAGAACUGUAAAAGUGGUGGUGGGGUCUUGGUCCAGGUAGUAGGACGAGCAAAACUUUCAUACGAGAACAAUGAAAAGACUCACACGAGCAAGGUGCUCGACAAAGAAUUCUACUCGAGCUUCAUCAACGCACUAAACUCUCCACACCAGUCUGCUCGAUUCACCUUCCAAAGGCAGACGCCGUCCAUCCGAGAAAACCAGUACAGGGUCAACUCGAGCGGGCCCAAGAGACUUGGCAAAGGCAAGGCUUUGUUAUUCGACAUGGACAUGAGCCCCGGAGAUAUUCUCACGCUCGUCUAUCUCCUCAAGGUACCAAGGACAAUCGUUGAACUCAAGGCAAUCACAGUGUCCGGCAAUGGCUUUGCAAACGCGGCCUCGAUCGAUACGGUGUAUGAUGUGCUGGACAUGAUGGGAAGGGACGAUGUGAGUGUGGGGAUGGGAGCUCUCUUUGCUCGCGGCCAAGCUUACUCCAACGCCACUGGAGACUGUAAGUACAGGCGAGCGGUCCCUCAAGGCACUAGCGGCUUGCUCGACUCGGACACCCUCUACGGCCUUGCACGAAGCCUUCCUCGUAGUCCUCGAAGGUACUCUGGGAGAUCACAGCUCCAAACUUCAACCGAGGUGAUCACCGACGCGUUGCGCGGCCUGGGCGGAUCCGCAAAGCUCACGGUCGUCGCCGGGGGCCCUGUUACAAACCUGGCGGAGUUUCUUACCGCGACGAGGAACCAAGCUCUCAAAGAUCUCAUCGAGGAAGUCUACGUGCUGGGCGGAUCCAUCUCGCGCCCCGGCAACGUUUUCACCGUGGAGGAGAACUCCAAAGCCGAGUUUAACAUGUUCCUGGACCCGCUCGCAGCCGAGAUAGUUCUUUGUUCCGGUCUGAGAGUGACGCUGCUGCCCCUGGAUGUGACGGAGAAAGUAUCCCCCGAGAAGGCCUUCCUUAACCAUCUGAGAUCCCGGCACCGGCACCGGACACCCGAGUCCUGUCUAGUCCACAAGCUGCUACGCACUGUCCAUGAGCUCAAGACGAAGAACCCGGCCUACGUCCAUGCAGCCAAUCCUCUGGGUGAAGUAGUGGCGGCUGCAGUCGCUGUGAACUCCACAGCUCUGGGUGUUGUGUCGAAAGAAGUGGCCAUAACUGUCGAGGCAACGGGUGACGUCUCUCGGGAUGGAUGGACCAGAGUUGACGAGCACGGAUGCACUGUUCGCAUCGUUGAAAAGAUCAACCGGACAGCACUGGAUUUUCAAGUUGCCAGUGCACUAACAGCUCCAGCGUAGAUUGAUCUACUCGCUCAAAACAAAUCUGAUCAGAACCUGCUACACAAAUACCUGGAGAAGUUACUGAACAGUGAGUAAAAGGGGGCAAUUCGCUUCCUCCCAGUUCACAGAACCUUAAAAGUCAGAACUUUGUACAACAAAAGGAGUGCCUUCCCAAAUCCUCAAAGAUCUCAAUGAAAAACACAAGCGAAACAGGGUA